AUGUCACAGUUCACACGUUCUACAUGUGCCUCGGUUUGUCACAAAGUGUUUACAGCACGACACCACCGCAGCAGCGCUACGUCACCACCGCAGCAGCGCUACGUCACCACCGCAGCAGCGCUACGUCACCACCGCAGCAGCGCGACGUCACCACCGCAGCAGCGCUACGUCACCACCGCAGCAGCGCUACGUCACCACCGCAGCAGCGCUACGUCACCACCGCAGCAGCGCGACGUCACCACCGCACCACCGCGACGACACCACCGCAGCAGCGCUACGUCACCACCGCAGCAGCGCGACGUCACCACCGCACCACCGCGACGACACCACCGCAGCAGCGCUACGUCACCACCGCAGCAGCGCGACGUCACCACCGCGACGACACCACCGCAGCAGCGCUACGUCACCACCGCAGCAGCGCUACGUCACCACCGCAGCAGCGCUACGUCACCACCGCAGCAGCGCUACGUCACCACCGCAGCAGCGCUACGUCACCACCGCAGCAGCGCUACGUCACCACCGCAGCAGCGCUACGUCACCACCGCAGCAGCGCUACGUCACCACCGCAGCAGCGCGACGUCACCACCGCAGCAGCGCGACGUCACCACCGCAGCAGCGCUACGUCACCACCGCAGCAGCGCGACGACACCACCGCAGCAGCGCGACGUCACCACCGCAGCAGCGCGACGUCACCACCGCACCACCGCGACGACACCACCGCAGCAGCGCGACGUCACCACCGCAGCAGCGCGACGUCACCACCGCGCAGCAGCGCUACGUCACCACCGCAGCAGCGCGACGACACCACCGCAGCAGCGCUACGUCACCACCGCAGCAGCGCUACGUCACCACCGCAGCAGCGCUACGUCACCACCGCAGCAGCGCGACGACACCACCGCAGCAGCGCUACGUCACCACCGCAGCAGCGCUACGUCACCACCGCAGCAGCGCUACGUCACCACCGCAGCAGCGCUACGUCACCACCGCAGCAGCGCUACGUCACCACCGCAGCAGCGCGACGACACCACCGCAGCGUGUCAUCUGCAGUGA